AUGCCGGCGUAUUUUCAACGGCCCGAGAAUGCCCUCAAACGGGCGAACGAGUUUCUGGAGGUUGGCAAGAAGCAGCCUGCCCUGGAUGUCUUGUACGAUGUCAUCAAGAGCAAGAAGCAUCGAACAUGGCAGAAGAUCCACGAGCCCAUCAUGCUCAAGUACCUGGAGCUGUGCGUGGACCUGCGGAAAAGCCACCUGGCCAAGGAGGGUCUCUACCAGUACAAGAACAUCUGUCAACAGGUGAACAUCAAGUCCCUGGAGGAUGUGGUGCGGGCCUAUCUGAAACUGGCGGAGGAUAAAACUGAAACUGCCAAAGGGGAGUCUCAACAGAUGGUCCUGGACAUCGAGGAUCUGGACAACAUUCAGACUCCUGAGAGUGUGCUGCUGAGUGCUGUGAGUGGAGAGGACACUCAGGACCGCACAGACCGGCUGCUCCUGACUCCAUGGGUGAAGUUUCUGUGGGAGUCUUAUCGUCAGUGUCUGGAUCUGCUCCGAAACAACUCCAAGGUGGAACGCCUCUACCAUGACAUCGCUCAGCAAGCCUUCAAGUUCUGCCUUCAGUACACCCGUAAGGCGGAGUUCCGUAAGCUCUGCGAUAACCUGAGGAUGCACCUGGGUCAGAUCCAGCGUCACCACAACCAGAGCACGGCCAUCAACCUGAACAACCCUGAGUCCCAGUCCAUGCACCUGGAGACCCGCCUGGUGCAGCUCGACAGCGCCAUCAGCAUGGAGCUCUGGCAGGAAGCGUUCAAAGCAGUUGAGGACAUCCACGGCCUGUUCGCUCUGUCCAAAAAGCCCCCGAAGCCGCAGCUCAUGGCCAACUACUACAACAAAGUGUCGACUGUGUUUUGGAAGUCUGGGAAUGCCCUGUUCCACUCCUGCACCCUGCACCGCCUCUACCACCUCUCCAGGGAGAUGCGCAAGAACCUCACCCAGGAGGAGAUGCAAAGGAUGUCCACCAGAGUGCUCCUGGCCACGCUCUCCAUCCCCAUCACUCCGGAGCGCACGGACAUCGCUCGCCUGCUGGACAUGGACGGCAUCAUCGUGGAGAAGCACCGCAGACUGGCCACGCUGCUGGGGCUGCAGUCUCCUCCCACACGCCAGAGCCUCAUCAAUGACAUGGUGCGGUUUAAUCUGCUGCAGUAUGUCGUCCCUGAUGUGAAAGACCUGUACAACUGGCUCGAGGUCGACUUCCAUCCUCUGAAGCUCAGUGGUAGAGUCACUAAGGUUUUGGAGUGGGUCAAAGAACAGGCUGAGAAGGAGCCAGAUCUGCAGCAGUACGUGCCUCACCUCCAGAGCAACACCAUCCUGAGGCUCCUGCAGCAGGUGGCUCAGAUCUAUCAGAGCAUCGAGUUCAACCGUUUGGCCACACUGGUUCCGUUCGUCGACGCCUUCCAGCUGGAGCGCUCCAUUGUGGACGCUGCUCGCCACUGUGACCUCCAGGUGCGCAUCGACCACUCUUCUCGGACCUUAAGUUUCGGUUCAGAUCUGAACUAUUCGCCUAAAGAGGACUCUCCGGUCGGACCCUUCCUGCAGAACAUGCCCUCAGCACAGAUCCGGAACCAGCUCACCGCCAUGUCUGCGUCUCUGGCCAAAGCCAUUCAGGUCAUCAAGCCCACGUCCAUCCUGCAAGAACGCGAGGAGCACCAGCAGCAGGCCAUCGCCGCGUACCUGAAGAACGCGCGCAAGGACCACCAGCGCGUCCUGGCCCGAAGGCAGACCAUCGAGGAGCGGAAGGAGCGCCUGGAGAGCCUCAACAUCCAGCGCGAGAAGGAGGAGAUGGAGCAGAAGGAGGCGGAGAUGCAGAAGGUGCGGAAGGCCGAGGAGGAGCGGCUGCGGCUGGAGGCCAAGGAGCGCGAGAAGGAGCGCAUCAUGCAGGAGCACGAGCAGAUCAAGAAGAAGACCGUGAGGGAGCGGCUGGAGCAGAUCAAGAAGACCGAGCUGGGAGCCAAGGCCUUCAAGGACAUCGACAUCGAGGACCUGGAGGAGUUGGACCCAGACUUCAUUAUGGCCAAACAGGUGGAACAACUGGAGAAGGAGAAGAAAGAGCUUCAAGAGCGACUCAAGAACCAGGAAAAGAAGAUCGACUACUUUGAGCGAGCCAAGCGCCUGGAGGAAAUCCCACUGAUCAAAAAGGCCUACGAAGAGCAGCGUGUUAAAGACAUGGAGCUUUGGGAGCUGCAGGAGGAAGACCGGAUCAGCAACAUGAAGGUGGAGCGGGAAAAGGCCCUGGAGCAUAAGCAGCGCAUGUCCAGGAUGAUCGAGGACAAGGAAAACUUCUUGUCCAAGAUCACAGCCGCUCGUAGCUGCAUUUAUGAGGAAAAACUGAAGACAUUCCAGGCUCGUUUGGUGGAGGAGAGAAAAAAGCGCAUGGAAGAACGCAAGAGGAAGCGCACAGAGGACCGACGCAACGACUACUACCGCAUGAAGGAGGAGGAGGCGCAGCGCAUCCACGAGGAGCAGCUCAAGAAGGAGCGUGAGGAGAGGGAGCGUCUGGAGCAAGAGCAGCGUGAGGAGGAGGAGCGCGAGUACCAGGAGCGCCUCCGCAAACUGGAGGAGCAGGAGCGCAAGCAGAGGGCACGACAGCAGGAGAUCGAGGAGCGAGAGAAGAGGAGAGAGGAGGAGAGGAGGGCUCCUCCAGAGAGGGAGGAGAGAACGGAGAGGAGCAAGGACUGGGGCGAUAAGGAGGAGACGGAGGGCGGCUGGAGGAAGAAGACUGAAGGCCCCACUGAAGGAGACUCGGAGUGGCGCCGCCCGGUGCCUGAUCGUGACUGGAGAGCGCAGGAUGGCCGCGAGGAGGACAAAGAGGAGCGCGACAGCUCCUUCAGACGAGACGGCCCACGCAGAGACGACCGCGGAGGCAGGAGGGGCUUUGACGACGACCGGCCCAUACGCAGAGGGCUGGACGAAGACCGUCCCAUACGCAGAGGGCUGGACGAAGACCGUCCCAUACGCAGAGGGCUGGACGAAGACCGUCCCAUACGCAGAGGCUUUGAUGAUGAUAGAGAGCGCGGCUCCAGACGCGUUGACGACGAUCGUGCUCCUCGCAGAGGCUUUGAUGAAGACCGCGCCCCGAGGAGAGGCUUCGACGAUGGUCCUCCUCGCAGAGCUCUGGAGGACAGGCCUCCGCGGAGAGAUGACGACUGGGGCCCCAGACGAGGAGGGGAGGACCGGGACGAGAGGGCCCCCAGGAGAGGCAUGGACGACAACGAGGAGGACUCCAAACCAUGGAAGCCUCUGGGCCGCCCAGGCGGCUGGCGUGAGCGAGAGAAGGCACGAGAAGAGAGCUGGGGUCCUCCUCGAGGUGGAGGACGGGACAACGAUGAUGAAGGAGAAGACCGCUUCAGACGCCCCCCCAGAGAGGAGGGCGUGUGGCGCAGAGGCGGAGACGACAACAACAACAGCAGCAGCUGGAGAGGGUCUCGCCGUGAGGAGCCGGACAGAGACGAUCGCCGUGGAGAACGUCGCGAUAGGGAUCGCCGUGACGACAGAGAGAUCAGAGCUCCACCCCGUGAAACUGAUGAAGGUAGUUCUUGGCGUCGCGGUGGAGAGGAGAAGCGCGAGGAGAGGGAGCGUCCCAAGGAACGCCCACAAGAGAGACCCCAGGAGCGCCCCCAGGAGCAAACACAGGAGGAGGAUGAGGCCCCCCGCCGGUCCCCCAAAGAAGAGACCGAUGACGACGGCUGGACCACUGUGCGACGCUAA